CUCUUCACACCGGAGUUGGGGCGGGGUCUGUGUACUACGUCAUCAAUCACAUGCGGUGUUGGACAAGAAGAAGAGGUGAAAUUAGUCUAAUAUUCCAGUCAUGAGGGACGGACUUGGCCACCUCCAGGCAGUAUCACUGUCUAAUGGCCCUGCAGCAGAGCAUGAAACUGCCCAAGCUCUCUCUCCAUCAGGAAACACAGACUAUGAUGACCCUCAUCAGGACCCCAGCACCAACCCUGACCUGGAAGCUGUCUUUGAUGAGGCACUGGAGGCUCGCCGUCAGAUUCAGUACAUUCGCCUGGAAGUAAAGCGUCUCAGUGAUCAAAACACACACAUUUUUACAAGCACAGUUUGCUCUAGUGCUUCUAAUACAGUUGACUCCAAUGCUAUUGCAGCUGACAUCAAAACUCGUGGACAGGAGAUGCUUGUGCACCUUCGCAAGAUGGAUUCCAACAGGAAAGAGUUAGAGGAAAAGUAUGGCAUCAAUUCCCCUGUGACAAGAAUCGCCCGAACACAGUACGCCAACAUAAGCAACAGUUUCCGUGAUGCCAUGGUGGAGUACAAUGAGGCUGAGAUGAGCCAUAGAGAGGUCUGCAAGGCGUAUAUUCAGCGGCAGAUGGAGAUUGUGGGGCGAGAGGUCACAGGUGACCAGAUCGAAGAGAUGUUGGAGAGCGGUCAUUGGAACGUCUUCAGUGAGAAUAUUGUUUCAGAAGGUAAGACGAACCGGUCUGCACUUAUCCAGAUCGAGAGCCGACAUACGGAACUGCUACAGCUGGAGAGACGCAUUCAGAGCCUUCAUGAGGUGUUUCUGGAUGUGGCCAUGUUAGUAGAAGAGCAGAGCUCAAUGAUAGACUACAUUCACACCAAUGUUCAGUCAACUGAGGUGGAGGUCAGAGAUGUCCUUGUGAAGCUGGAGCGAGCCAAGAGACAUGAUAGGAGCAAUCCGUUUAAGAAAAUGUUCUUCUGGAAACGAUGAGAAGGACACGGAUAUCAUAAUGUCAAAUAAAUAUAUAUUAAGUGAUCAGA